UUCCCUUUGUGUGUUCGACAGGAGUUGGGGUCCGUGUCGUCCCGUGUGGAGGGCAGCAACAACACGCUUAAUCAUGGACCCAGGGAAGAGUUCACCAUGUUCCCGCCAGCCGGCAUCUCCCACCUCUCACUCUCCUCUACGCAGAUCAACUUCGAGCCGCUACCAGAUAUCCGACCCCGUCCAGGGGGUAGGGAGGCUCUGGUCACAGACAAGACCCUGCCGGUCUCCUUCCCCGCCCAGAGCGUCGUCAACACCCAGCCCGCCCUCCCCACCGAUGACUGGUUUGCGGCGCCGCAUCAGAAUUUCCCGCGUAACCAGCUGCAGUACGUGAGAGAGAUUGGCAAAGGCUGGUUUGGUCAGGUUUUGGAGGGUCGAGCCACUGGAAUAUUCAGCGACCACACCAAAGGGGACUCGCCAGUCCCAUCUACGGUGACCCCCACCACUUGCUCUCGGGGCCAGACGCCAGUCGCAGUCAAGGUCUUGCGGGAGGAUGCCACCCCAACUGAGCAGAUGUAUUUCCUCCACGAGUUAAAACCAUAUCGUGAUUUGUCGCACCCAAAUGUUCUCAAAGUCUUGGCUCAAUGCUUGGAAACAGAGCCACUCUUAAUUUUAAUGCAGUUGUGCCCCAGGGGGGAUCUGAAAGCUGUGGUGAGACAUGACAAGUCCCUCUCCGAGUCGGCAGUACUGCGCAUGGUGGUAGAUGUGGCAGCCGGACUCAUGCACAUGCAUUCUCGCGCCUUCAUCCACACGGACCUUGCCGCAAGGAACUGUGUGGUUGAUGAAGAUUACACCGUGAAAAUUGGAGAUUAUGGUUACAACAUAGAUUUUUACAAAAAUGAAUAUUAUUGUGCUGGAGAGGUGGCUUUGCCAUUAAGGUGGUGUUCUCCAGAAACAUUAAAGUGUACAGAUACCACUAUAGAAACAAAAGAGGUUACUACAGCAGCAAAUGUCUGGAGUUUUGGAAUAAUAAUGUGGGAAAUAGCAAGCCGAGGAGAACUGCCGUACACAAACCUUGAUGAUGACCAGGUUAUACAGCAGGUCAUUGUGGAUCAGUCUUGUAUACUGGAGUCUCCCAAGUCCCUGGAGUUACAUGCAGACAAGCUAUAUAACAUUAUGAAGCAGUGCUGGUACACAGAAUAUUCCAGACCUCCCAUGACUUAUAUUUAUUCUUUACUGAUGCAUCUUUGGGAGAACUCGACUGUUACCUGCCAAGAUUCAUCGUCCAUAAGUGAUUUUGAGCGACGAUGGGACCAGCUUCAGCAGCAACACUGCCGAGACCACAGUAUUAUGAACGUUACUAACACCUCUGAUCUCAGGUUUGAAAGUGACUUCAGUCUGUCAGUAUCUGGGCAUCACCGGUUUGGAGGGACUCUGUCACCAAGUUUGCAAAAUCUUCGUGGUUCAGUGGAGGACCUGGAUGCUAAGAUGGCAGCCAAAUUUGGUUCAGCUCUUCCAUCAUGGCUUGGAAUGGAACCAGGACAACCCAUUGAUAGUUUGACCCAGGAGAUAACAGAUGCCAUACUCAAAUUGGAUGAUUACUUAGCUGGAGAAAAGUCAGAACCCAGUACCACUCAGGCAUCACCCGAGAAAGGAGGGAUCAAUUUUAAACUUGGUAAAGAUUCUUUUGUAUCUAAUCCUCCAGAAUCAAAGCUUGCUAGAGUGGGCAGACUAUCUGUUGAAGAAGAAAGUGAGCAUCCAAGCCUGGCAAGAACAUUAUCAGGAGAGGAUGAAGGUUUAACAAUGAGACUAGAACAAGGCGAGUUUACAGAGCUGGUGAGAUUGAAAAGCCAGAGCGUUCAAGACUUCAUGAAGUUAACAGUAGUAGAUGAUGGCAGUGACUCUGAUAAUACCAGUCAGAGAAAUUCCUUAGCUUUUGAACCUUUAGCUCAGGAGAAAACAUGCUCCAGUGAGGGCAAUAUAAGAGAAGCUCUCAGGGACAUUAAGUUUAUGGGUGAUCUUGAGAGAUUACAAGCAGAGCAUAGAUAUUCUAUUAUUUCAGAAGCAAGCAGAGAGAAUCCAUCUUCUAUUGAAUAUAGAAACCAGGAUUUCGACUUUGACCCAUCCUUCAGUCAGUCGGAUAUACUUGUAGACUCUGAAGCAGGAUCUACAGAAAAAUUAGCUACCAGUACAGAAUCGGAUAAUUCAAAUAUCUUCCAUGAAAGACAAACUAGUGAACAUGAUCCUUUUUUAGGUGAAAUUAUCUCCUCUGUACUUACAGAGGAGAAUAAAAUGGAAGUCUGUGAUACCAAAGAAGAUAGUAACUCUACUUAUUUUGGAGAUAGUUCUGUUGGACCAAAACCUCUUCCAGCAUCACCAGAUUGUGUUGUAUCUUCCAGAGAACCUAAACCAGUUGCUCUUCCAGAUAUUGUUGUGCAUGAUGCUAGUGUAAAACUUAGUACCCCAAGCCCACCACCAGUUGACAGCCCUCUUCAAAUUAGAAAUAACAAUCAACCAAAGGAAUUUCGUUUCAUAUUUGAAAAUCAAACUGACUCGUCCUCAGCUGGCAACUCUAGGUUUACGUACAAGAAUGAGCAAGAAAGUUUAUUCCAGUCAGACUCGGUGAUAUUCAGCGAGAAUAUUCGAAAUACGGAUAUGAAUAAAGUUGAUGAGUGUGAUGGUAGUAAUAAUCAUGAGAUUAAUUAUCAAAGAAUAAGUAGCAGUCAUAAGAGUGACUCAUCUAUAGGAAAGCACUCGCUGGAAAAUGAACACGAGAGUGAAAGCAAAACGGGUGAUAUUAGUAAAUUUCUUACAUAUAUGCAAGACAAUUUUAGAGACCGAUUAACAAGCACUCCAUGUAAAAUAAAUAGUGUAGGGAAUGCAGUACAGGCAGAUGAUGUAGAUGAUAAAAAAUAUAGAUCUGGUUUUUCAAGUAAUGAUACAAAUACUCAUGAUUCAGAUUAUGAAGAUAGAGAAUCAUCGCUUAACACAGUGCAUUUUACUACAAGCAGUCAAGAUAAUAAAGAGGAUGAACAGCAAGUAUUUGUUGACAGAGAUAGUAUUGAAGUCCCAAGCUAUAAACCAGAAAAGAUUAUUACAGGAGAAGAUGUUGUGAUAGGAGCUUUAGACGAUUAUUCACUUGACCUUUAUAGAGCUGUCAAGUCCACAGAGAUUUCCUUGACAAAUGAGGAGUCCUUGCAAAAAACUUUUUCAUUUGAGGAUGAUAUUAAGGCUUUUUCAUCAGCAAUACCAAAGGACUAUGUAUCACAUGAAGAUAGUGUAACCAAAAAUAAGGUGAUAGGGAUUGAAGUUGAUCUUGAACAGUGGGAUAAAUUUCUGGGUAGCACAAUGAAUGGGGACAAAAUAAACUCUGAUAUCGUUUUUAAAGAAAAUUUUGAAGAAAAUAUUUCUGUAGAUGAUAAAUUGGCAAGUGACAUAUCAGAUAGUGUGUUUGAAGAUAGUGAACAUAGUGUUGAAAGUAAAAAGGAAUUUAAAUCAGAUAACACAUUUGUGAAGUAUAAUUCAUCAGAUUUACAUAGUACUUGUGAUGAAAUUCGUGACAUUAUGGCUAAUGACAGUGAAGUGGAAUGUGACAAUAUUGAAACUCGUCCAGAAGUUGAUGUGACUAUGUUCUUUAACUCAGAGUCAAGUGUUACUUCAAAUGUUGGGAACUCAUCAAAUGACUUGCCUCAACGUAGACCAAAAAGUAAUAUAAAUAUGUUAAACUUAAAGGCACUUUCAGAUGAUAUGAUUAGUCCACAGUCUGGAUGUAGUGAUGAAUCUUAUAUUACAGCUAAGUCAACACCACACACAACGAAGGUGUACACACCAACCGAUGUGUUGGAUAUUUUCAGGACACCGGCACAAAAAUGUGAGUGGGACCAGAGCACACCUGUCACUGAAGGCAACUCUCAAAGUUCCAAAAAUAGUAUGUCUCCAAAGAUCCAUCAGGAUGAUGCGACAGUGUGUUCCGAGAGUAGUUCAUCUGUUAUUCUUGACAUGCAUUCAGAUAAGUUAAGCUAUAGGAGAGAAGCAUCUGUUGAUUGUGGUUUAGAAGCUGUUUCUCAAAAUUCUGAUAAAGACACCUUGCAUUCUUCUGUAGAUAUAGCUGGAAAUGUUUUAAAUAUAAUUUCAAAACCUGUAAAUACACACAUGAUUGCAAAUCAAAAUACUAAUUCAGAAGCUAUUAAUAAUAACUCUAACAUACAAAACAGUAUUAAAAUUAGAGAUUUUGUUUCCAAGACUUCAUCUACUCCAGUUGACUCAAAACUUGGCUUAACAUCAGAUAUGUUAAGCCUUGAAAGUAUUAGUUCUACAUUAAAUAUUGAUUCUUGUACACAGAGAUUAGAAGAAUUAGAUGGAAGUAAACAAGAAAAUAUCAUUAUAAAAGAUGAUUUAUCACCUAGUGCUUAUGAAACCAAAUUAAAAUCCGAUGAUUGUUGGAAUUCUCAAGAAAGUCAAGAUUCAGCUGUAGAAAAUGAUGAAGCAGAGAAUGGAGAUUUUUGGCAACAACAAAUGAUGGCUUGGCAAGAGGCAGCAUUUCAGACCCGACAGCUCCUUCAACAAGCUGCUGGAGGAAGUGGUACUUCCUUAGCAGAAUGUAAAGGCUCGCAGGAAGAUUUGUUAGAUGCAAGCCCUCGAAGUGAUAGCUCGUCCACAAAAAGUCUAUAUUCAUCAUCUGAUAUGUUGAGUUUGGACGAUGAAGGCACAUAUGUUUCUUAUAACACAACAGAUGAUGAAGAAGUACUUGGGUACAAACCAGAAGACAUCAAUGCCUUACGAGCUGAAUUAAACCUGAAACUUGGAAGUUUACAAGAAGACAAAGAGCAGUUGGAGCCUGAAGAGCCAGAUGAUAUUUCAUCAUCAGACAGAGAAAAUGUUACCAUUAAUUAUAGAGGUAUUAUAACUACAACUCUUUCUCCAAUUAAAGAAGAAAGCUUCUUGGAAGAUGAUGAUUCACCAUCGAAAAAAAGCACUAUUAAAAAUACUAAUAACUUAGAUUCUGUACAUGAUCAAAGUAUUGAAUUUGAAGAACUAUUAUCAGUGCCACUUGGUGAUACAUUUAUUGUUUUUGAAGAUGCUUAUGAAACUGUUGUUAAUGAGUCUGUUGUUGAUAACCAGCAGGAAGUAUCAUGUAAAUUUUCUCCUGAAGAAAUUGAGCAAAGUAUUACCAUGGUAGAUGGCCAGUCUAGUGAAAAGAGAGAGACUAAUGACUGCAAUAAUGCUGAGGGACUGCAAAAUGGUGCAAGCUUAAUAAGCACUUUGGAAACAAUGAAUGAUUGUUUAAGUCUUGAGAAUACUCAUGAUAGUUUAAUAUUGGAAGAUUUGGAUGAAGAGAACGGUGUACGGUCCAUUCAGAUAUAUGAUUCAGGAAGUGAUCUAGAUGCUGAAGAUAUUUUAGUUGUUGAUACUGAGACUAAUGAGGCCAAGAUUAUUGACAGAGGAAAACCCAGAAGUCAUUUGGCUUUCAUAAAUGAUCAGGAAGAAGAACAAGUAGACGCGAAAGAUACAAGCUCGUUUGUUUACGAAGAGUCGGAUGACGUAGCUCCCGAGUCCAUUCCAUCUGUUGGAGGGUCGCGCUUUGAUGAAAUGCGUCACCGUGAAGAAUUUCUUAGAAAUAACCCUUCUUGGGAGAAACCAGUUAGUAUUCAAUCUGAAAGCUAUGGAGGAGAUUCUGAAUCUCAACCUGAGAGAGAGUUUGUUGUUUCUGAUGCAGCCCCAGAAUCUCCACAGGGAAUUCAAGUUCCACAUUAUCACUCAUAUUUUACAUCUGCACUCAGUACCAUAUCACAUCCAAAUGUCAGUAUAGAGGAACCUGUGAUUUUUGAACAAGUAGAACAUAUCUCUCUUCCAUACGAUGUAAAUUAUCCAUCUGCAGGUGAACAGCUGCAUAGCUUAGAAGAUUUUGUUGAGCAAGUAGAAGAUAUGGAAGAUCAUACUAGCAGUGAUAACAAAGAAGAGACUAAAAUCAGUGAAAUAGAAGAUGAUGAUGAUGAUAAUGCCCCAAUAAAACUGAAUUUCUUAGGUCGACUCUACUCUGAUGAAUCUGAAGAAAAGGAUGAGCAGAAAAUUUUGAAAUCUUGUGAGGCAAGGGAAGCAACUCUUCUUUCCGACUCUGAAAAUGAGGAUUCUAGUGACAAACAAGUCGGCCACUCUAAGAAGCCAAAACUUGGAGACAUAAAUCAAAUGACCACAACAGAAUUAUUGGCUGCUCCAAAUUAUCAGAUCACUGACCAUGAAGAAAUUGAAGAACAUCUUGAAUUACAAGAACAGAACGAAGAAGAUUCUGAAGAUGACGAAUAUAGUCCAAGUCAGAGCCCCAGAAAAUUGGACCUUGCAGGGUUACCAGAAUCUCCAGACCCCAGGUAUACUCCUGACUGGGAGAGUGACUCUGACAGUGAUGGAGAUAGCUCCUCUACCAGUGGGGAAUUCAUGUGGAGACAAGAGGAGGAGGAAAAAGGGGGGAGUAAAGAAGAUAUAGAGAGACAAGAAGAGCCAGGGGAACAGUGUCAACAGGCCAAUUAUAUCCUGGAUGUUAUUGAAGAAGAACCAGAAGACGAUAUGGACAGGGGAGAAGAUGAAGGAGAUUUCUCAGAUGACUCUGAAAGUGGAGAAGAGGAAUUUACCCCCUCCAAGUGGAACUGUGACCUUACACCCUCACAUUCACUCCUCAAGAGUCCCCAGAACAGACCUAGCUUGAAGAAAAGAGUACGCUGGAAACGUCAGCGCCAUCAUAGAGUAUAUGAAUAUCCUCCAGAGCCACGUUCCUGGGAGCAAACACCGACUGAACCUCACCGGCGAUCAUGGGGACGUUCCUCGCUAGAUUACCUCAGCCUUGCAGAUUGGGAGCUUGGAGCUGAUGAAUUUAUUGGGGAUGACAGUGGUGACAUGGAAGAUUACGUAUACCGCAAACCCAGUCGACCUGCACCCCCACCUCCUAUAUAUAGCCUGGGGUCUGUUACCUAUGAUGAUGGUGCUGAAGGAUUUCUUGUGGACAAUGGAGAAUUCUAUAUACGCUCAUCUGGCUCACCCUUCACAUUCACCAGUUCAUCAUUCUCUGCCUCUGACUUUUUCCCCGGCAGUCAUUCUGCUGAUCUGGAUAUAAUAUUUAGUGGGCCUCCCCAAACGUCUGGACUCUCAGAAGCUUUGUCAAGUAAAUUAGUAGACAAUGUGAGUGUUGAGAGUGAGUUGGUGUAUAGUGAUGAACAAACAAGACAAAAUAGUUCAGGUGAUGAUGGCAGCACCUCAGUCAGUGACGCUAGCCACACACUCCCAAAUUAUCCAGUAAUUGAGGAGAGUGAACAGUCGUCUCCUUCAAAUACUGGCCUCGGUCAGCUGAGACAUACAAGAGAUAAAUUACGCUUGGAAAUACCCACGAUAUCUCUGGCAGGUGAUGCUGCAAAGAGCACAAUAAUUGCCCUUGAAAAUGGUGAAAGUAGAAUAGAAAAAUAUAAUGACCAAAUUUCUUCAAGUAUAAAUCUUAAAAGAACUGAGCCAGAAGUGAGUGAAGUAUGAGUUAAAUUAAACUUAGAUUGAAAAUAUAUUAAUAUAAACUGGAACUACGCUUAAGACUGUAUCAUAAAGUUUUGUGCAUAUGAACUGUAUUGUAUUUAUAUCUCAGGACAUUGAAAUGAAAAAUAUUAUAGAUAUUAGAUACAUGUAGAAUGGUUAUCUGUGUACAGUCACUAUAAACACACACAUGAAUGAAACCUGUGAGGUAACAAAGAUUUCCUUGGAGUAUAUGUACAUAUCUGAAGUUGUCGAUACAAUCUAACAAUAUGUCUUUAGUUAAAUCUAUGAGCUGAAGUGCUUUCAACAAUCAACUCAUUCAUAUCAGUCUGAAAUAUGUACUUGGAUCACAAAUACCAAUGUUACACUUACAAAAAAUGUUUAUAAUGUAUAUUUUUUCAAUAUUUGUAGAGUGCAACAAAUUUUUUCAUGCUGAUUGAUGUCGUGCUAUUAAAUGACAGUUCUGUUACAAUUUAGCAAAAGCAUAUUGAUACUGAAAUAUGAGACUGCUGGCAUGUUUUUCUCUACUGAUAACUACUCGGUUAAAAAGUCUGACACAUUAACUAUGUAUAUGUACCAAUGUUAAAAUUGUUCUUGAGUAUAUAUAAUCAUGAUUAAGUACUGUCUAUGUAAAUACCUAAAAGUUGGAGGAUUCAUAUAUAUAUAUACAUAUAUAUAUAGUGUUCAAGUGAUGAAAGUGACCAUCGCCAGUUUUAAACCAUAAGAGCAGCCUGGGUAUUUUUUUCUGUUUUCUAAAAAUGUCAAAUUAGCCUUGUAGUAAUGGUACUGUAUUCAGGUUUGCAAGUGGUGGGGAUGUCACGCACAAAGCACAACUAGUGCCUCUACUGUGUCUUAGGAGAAACAAUGCUGCCGUCCACAAUGCCUCUUGUAUAUUUCCAUUAUGCACUGUAAUAAAAUGAGCUGCUUUAUGUAAUUUGUAGGAUCAGGAAAGUGAUUUAUUUAAGUGACAAAUAUAAUGACUGAACAAGCAUGAACUCCACGCACUUCUAGAUACAUUCAUUAUGUUUGGCCAUGUUGCAAUGCAGUAUUGUCAAAUUUUAUGAAGGGUGUUGCUGAGACUCUUCUUGGUUCAUUAUAUUUCGGUUAUUUGUCUUAAAUGGAUGCCUUUUCAAAGUUUAAAUUUAAAGACUUUAUAAAGUUCCACUUAGAUAUAUGAAUUUAAUAUACUGAAGUAUCUAAAGACAAGUAACAGUCUUCAUAACUUAGUUCCAGUCAUUUUCAUUUUAAUUAUUUUGUUAACUAGGAAACAAUAAAUUUUGGGUCCUAAUUUCAACUUCUUGAAGUGCUAAUACUGAACAGUUUUUUAUUUGUCAGUUUAAUUACAUGACUUAAUUUCAUAAUAGUUCUAGAUCUCAUUACUUUAACUGUCAUAAUUGUAAGAACUACAUUCAUUAAUUUUUAGCAGAAUAAUAAUACUGUACAUCAAAGUUUUUUGAGCAAGUUUAGAAAUAUUAAAUAAAGGUAUUAGAAUGUGGCUUGGACAGGUUGAGCAUCAUUGCUUAAACUGACAAAUGAUGUGAGAAAAAUUAUCUUUGGCUUGGCAGGGUCUGUGCAUCUCAUCUUUCUCUCACGAGUGUUGGCAAGUCGAGGUUAAAAUACAUUUGUUAUUGCAAAGUAAUAUAUAAUUAAGAAGUACUGUUUGUAUAUGUACAGCAUGUACUCUUUCAUCAUUUUCAAAUUGUGCAACUCUUGUCACAGUUCAAAACUUGAGGCGAGUGGUUUUAAGAUUUGUUGCAGGUUAUAUAAAAAAUAAUAAUUAAGCCAUUGCAAUUGUUUUUUUUGUUUUGUAAACUAAUUAGUUACAUGUUUACACACAUUGUGUUUGGAGGCCUGGUCGAGGACCGGGCCGCGGGGACACUAUAGCCCCGAAAUCAUCUCAAGAUAACCUGGAAGGUUACUACAUUUUUAUAGGUAAAAUUUAAGUCAACUUGAGCACUGUUUCUUGUAUUAAUUGCUUUGCUGUGCAUAUAUUACCUAGUAAUGUCCAUGAUAUACACGCAUGCGCGUGAUAGCUAGCGGCUCCUCUACAUUUCAGGGAUGCCGAGUGGUAAAAUGUAGAUAGAUUAGUACCUGUAUUUAGUAACUCCUUAAGAAGAAUUUUGUGUUUCUCACUCGCAAAUAAAUACUGUACGAAGAUUAAUAAUAAUUCUGUAUUGGCAUAUAACACAGCUCCGUUCAUUCUGCCACGUCUUGAGCAAUGUUUAAAAAAUGUAUAAGUAAACAUUCUAUCCAUGCUUCACCUCCUUUACGUUCAAGAAUAGAAUAAUUUGAUUUUGUCUUCCAUGUUUAUAUUUUUGUUGGAUGCAAUUGAUUGUUUCCAAGGCUGCCUUGUCCAUGCUACAUUUUGAGAACUAGCAUUGCUUGUGAAUUAGUAGAUUCAGUGAUACCAAAAAAUAUUAUAAUAUAGGAAGCUAGAUAAAAGAUGUUUAUGUACUGAAAGCUAAAUUAUAGCUGGAUGUUUUUGUAAUAAUUGGUCUCAAGAGUGUAAGAUGCUCGCUCAUCCUUCCUACCAAAACCUACUUCCCCAGUCAUUGUAAUAUUUAGCGACACGUGCUCUCUGGUGUAAAUGGCAUGUAACUGAAAUUGUCCCAGUUAUGAUGGGACUCAUAGUGUAAAAGUAAAUGAAGUUAGAAAUAGUUGAUGAACUAGUAGCAUUAAUUUUUAUAUGAGAAUUGAAGAUAAUACUGGAAUUACCUUGAAGUUCAUCAAUUACAUUUUUAGCAUAGUUAUGAAUGUUAUUUACUUGAUGUUUUCCUUCUAAUGCCAUGGAUGCUCUAAAGCUGUAGGAGUCUUAUGUAUAAACAUCUUAGUUGUCUUUUAUAAUGUAAUUUAUCAACACGAGUACAACACUACACAUGGACAUUCAGAUGUCAUCCAAGGCUUGCAACACACGGCUUCAUGAUCAUUAAUUACUUGUUCUCACUCGACAUUCCAUUUACAAUCUAGUCCUUCAGGUGAGGUACAAGGUCCUUCAGAUGAGGUACAAAAUUCAUAAUGAGGAUUGAGAUUUCUCAGAUGAGGUACAGUUCCUCAGGUGAGGCACCAGGUACCUCAGACUUGACUCAAGGUACCUCAAGUGAGGCACCAGCUUGUUACACAUAUCCUUUGAGGUCUGAUGUCUAGCAUUUGUGUGCAUACGUUUAAUAUAAAUAGUAUUUUAUUUACACGAAAGUUCUGAUAGUAUAUAUUAAGAUUCACAAAUAUGGUAAGGUGGUUGUGUAUAUUUAUUUGCUGUCUAGUACAGUAUUCUGGUGUAAAUGUUUCAUUAUUAAACUCACCAAAAUAA